CCGCCCACCUCAUUAGACAGGAAGCUAGCCGGACCGAAACUCGCCUCGACAACAUGAAAUCUGGACCGAGAGGAAGAAAGCUUUAACAGAAAGCAGGCCGCUGGUCGAGUUGUGCCAACAGAGAGGCAGCAAGCCACCGUCUGGGCGAAACUCCGCUUCUGACCUCUGCUUGAACGAACCGGGUCAUUUUUGAAGUUCAGCCCGCAAAGGUUAGCUCGCUUGCUAACUUCCAGCCUCGACGUAUCUCGGCUGGUUCUGUUGUGCAAGAUAAGAGCUGCUGAAGUGGUUUUUUAAAGGUUUCGCCAUGGGGUCCCGAGCGUCCACGUUACUCAGAGAAGAAGAAAUAGAAGAAAUCAAGAAGGAAACGGGCUUCUCCCACAGCCAGAUCACCCGCCUGUACAGCCGCUUCACCAGCCUGGAUAAAGGAGAAAACGGCACGCUCAGUCGAGAAGAUUUCCAGAGGAUCCCUGAGUUGGCCAUCAACCCUCUUGGGGACAGAAUCAUCAACGCCUUUUUUCCUGAAGGGGAGGAUCAGGUGAACUUCAAGGGCUUCAUGCGCACCUUGGCGCACUUCAGACCCAUCGAGGACAACGAGAAGAACAAGAACCCGCCCGCCGCGGAGCCGCUCAACAGCAGGACAAACAAGCUGCUCUUUGCUUUCCGUCUGUACGACCUGGACAGAGACGACAAGAUCUCCAGGGACGAGCUGCUGCAGGUCCUUCGGAUGAUGGUUGGCGUAAACAUUUCGGACGACCAGCUCGGCAGCAUUGCUGAUCGGACCAUCCAGGAAGCCGACACCAACGGAGACAGCUGUAUUUCCUUUCAAGAAUUUAUGAAGGUUUUGGAAAAGGUGGACGUGGAACAGAAGAUGAGCAUCCGGUUUCUCCACUAAAGUUUUUUUCUAUUUGUUUGUUUCCCUUCACACCUCCUGAGUAGAGCUCGGACUGGUCAGCUGUUGCCAGGGCAUAGAUUCAUCCUGCUUCUCCGCAGCCCGUCUCGGGGCCACAUCCAACGUAGGGCAGACGUCUCCGACGUUCUGCCGCUUGCACCGCUCCGUGAACAAAGGGGAACAUUUUUUUUAAAAGUUGCGUGCCUUGAGUUGUUUUAUGCAAUGUCACGAUGUACACCUUCCUUAAUCGUCCGUCGGUAUUUAUUAGAGGGCCAUAGUGGGUAACACUGCUGUUCUAUGUGGUAAAGCUCUUCGCUGUCGCUAUGAGUAAGUUUAAAUCAAAGUUUAUUCGUACUGAUGAUAUCAUGUGUAAAUCGUGCGUCUUUGUAACGUGCUCGAGUGCAAAGUGUUAAAUGUGUGAUUGCAUUUCAUGGUCUUUUUUUUUUUUUUUUCCAACGCUGACAGGAUUAUAUGACUCCUUCCCUCCGGCCAGUUUUGGAGCAAGCUGUAAUUUAUUAUUCUAUUCCCCGAGGCGAAGCGAGACCAGCCCCACUGAUUGUUGAUUAACUCACUGAAGUGCCAUGACUAAACACUAAUCACAAAUCUGUAGCCUGGACUACGUCACUAAACUUAGUGUUUAAAACUAAAGUCUUGCGAUUCUUUUUAAAUGAAAUCCUGUUAGGACUUGAUCAAAGCCUAGGAAUGAAUGUUAGGAUCUACAGUGGAGCAGAUCACCUGACUCCACACGGAUGUCAUUUCAUUCUUCUGUUACUUUCAUCUGUUUCUAUUGUGGCUAAUGUAGGAAAAAAAAACAAAACACAAAUGCUAAUCAUGUUUUCUAACUUAUUUCUGUGUUUAGUGAAAUAGGAGUACCAAUAUGAACCAGAGUUUAGUUGUUUGGUAUGUCUUUGUUUCAUCUCUGGAUUUUUCUGUAACAGUGCAGGAAGAACAGCUCGACUACUUUUUAUCAAUAAUUAUGGGAUCAUAAGAUAUAUAUUAUGUGAUGUCUCUCUGUAGCUAUGUAAGUGAAUUAUUGAACUUGAUUUCAAUAAAAAGUGCCAUGCAAUCUG